CGCGCUACGGCCGAGCUGAGCCGGGCCGGGCCGGAGGAGCCGCGUCUGCCCCAGCGAGGCGCGGGCUGGGGCUGUGUCCCCGCGUCCCCCGAUCCCUCCCUGGCCCCACUUCCAGCAGCAACGAGGUACAGCCGCCGUCGCCGCCGCGUGGGGGGAGGCAGCUCCGACACGGGGUCCGUGGCGGCACCCGCAGGAGCUUCUGGUGACCCUGUCGCGGCCCAGCGCCCCGUCUGUGAGCUGACCUUCCUCGUUCCUCGAGCGAAGAUUAAGAGAGAAGAUCGAGAGCACAAAACACUUGGCUCCAUCCUUGCUCGCACCUUUUCCCCCCACUCUGCGGCAUCAUGGGGAUCCAGGGCCUGCUCCAGUUUAUUAAGGAGGCUGCCGAGCCUUCCCACGUGAAGAAAUACAAAGGGCUAACGGUGGCUGUGGACACCUACUGCUGGCUGCACAAAGGCGCCUAUGCUUGCGCUGAAAAGCUGGCCCGAGGAGAGCCCACAGAUCUUUAUGUAGUUUUCUGUAUGAAACUUGUUAAUAUGCUCCUGUCAUUUGGAAUUAAACCAAUUUUGGUAUUUGAUGGAUGUACCCUACCCUCUAAGAAGGAAGUGGAAAAGGCACGACGGGAGAAGCGUCAAGCCAGUCUUCUGAAGGGGAAACARUUGUUGCAGGAAGGGAGACUCUCAGAAGCUAGGGAAUGUUUUGGGCGCAGUGUAAAUAUUACCCAUGCUAUGGCUCAUGAAGUUAUUAAAGCUGCACGAGCCCAGGGAGUUGAUUGUAUUGUUGCUCCUUAUGAAGCUGAUGCUCAACUGGCUUAUCUUAAUAAGAUUGGCAUGGUUCAAGCUAUAAUUACCGAAGACUCUGAUCUUUUAGCUUUUGGAUGUAAAAAGGUGUUUCUGAAAAUUGACAAGUUUGGAAAUGGACUAGAGAUAGAUCAAGCUCGACUAGGAAACUGCAAGCAGCUUGGAAAUGUAUUUACGGAAGAGAAAUUCCGCUACAUGUGUAUUCUUUCUGGYUGUGACUACCUCCCAUCAAUUCAUGGAAUUGGGCUAGCUAAAGCAUGCAAGUUACUAAAAUUAUCCAAUAAUCCAGACAUUAUAAAGAUUAUUAAGAAAAUGGGGCAGUACUUGAAGAUGAAUAUAACAGUACCAGAAGAAUACAUACAGGGUUUUACACGAGCUAAUAAUACCUUCCUUUAUCAGUUAGUUUUUGAUCCUGUUAACAGAAAAUUAGUUCCUCUGAAUGUAUAUGGAGAUGAUAUUGAUCCAGAAACACUGAUUUAUGCAGGACGACAUUUUGGUGAUGGUACUGCUUUUCAAAUUGCUAUUGGCAACAUUGAUAUCAAUACAAUGGAACAAAUUGAUAAUUACAAUCCCGACACGGCACAGCAGAGAAGUUGUGGCUGGAAUGACCAACAUGGUAAUCAUGUAAAUAGCAUUUGGAGCAGAGAAUACAAGUUCAGCCCUACUGAAGAUACUGCUCCUCCUAAAAUGCAUUUCCCAGAGAAACCAACAACCAAAGGCAUGGAGAAAAUAAUUAGUGUUAAAGGACUAAAACUUCCAGGCAAAGAGCUCUUGGUGAAAAGGCCAAGGAGUGAUUCAGAAGAAAUGUCUGAUGGAGAUCUGUUGAAACAAUACUCAUUUUCAAAAGCAAAAAGAAUCAAGGAGGAGAAUGUUCGUAAUGGUCAAAAGAGUGUGUCAGCAAUACAAAGCCUUGAUUCUCCASGGAAUUGCAUCACUCAAGAAAGCUCUAACUCCCUGCCCAGGCUUAGAAAUAAAUUUGCUUCGUUUUUACAGAGGAAAAACAAAGAGGAGGAUGGUGUAAUUGYUCCAGGAACAAGAAGCAGGUUUUUCUGCAAUGAUGCAGUUAUGUUUGACAGUAGAGCAAAGAAGGAUGAUAGUGAUCUAGCUCAACAUGCUGAGCAGGACUCAUGCAUGGAGAAACAGGAAGCAAAACCUGUAGCAGAAUAUGUUUCUCAGUUUCCAGAAACUGAAAAAUCAAGGACUGUCUCUAGACCUCCUGGAGAAAAGAAGAAAAGUUGUUUCCAGUGGUUUAGUAGCUACGUUAGUAAUUCAGGAAAUCUUGGUGCAUCUCACAGUGUAUUUUCACAGCAAUUUCACCAACAGAGAAACAACUGUGUUGURUCAGAGGAACAUCAGGUUAAUGGGGUAGUGUGUGAUGAAUCAGAGGAAGAGUCCUCCCCCUUAAUAGAACUGGAAAAGUCAGCACAGUCUCAUGGGUCUUGUGAGCCAUCAGAAUACAGGUUGGAGUCUUCAGAAACACUACAAGGGUCCGACAACAAUUCAGGUGCAAAAGAAUCUGAUUCCAAUUCAAAACUGGCUGAUGAGCAAUGUACUGUGUCUCCAGCAUUUUCUGCUGUUAAAACUGACAAAAAAAUUCCAAUCAUGAAGACCAAGGUUCCCGGCUUACGUAAAUCCAGUAAUAUAAGGUCACAUAUGGUAACAAAGCUCAAGCCAUUGAUACCAGCUAAAGUAAGUGGACUAAGCAGGAAACUCUCACCUGUACAGAAGAGAAAGGACUCUGAUACUGAAAAUAAGCUGGGAGUGCAAACCACCAUUGGUGAACUCUGGAAAAGCUUCCAAUUUAAAAGAGAGUAUGAAAAACUUCCUUCUUGUAGAAAGUCAGAUCCUUUGUCUCCAAUCAAAGAUAAUAUACAGCUGACACCAGAAACAGAAGAAGAAAUCUUUAAUCAUCUGGAACGCAGUCAUGUUCAGCGAGCUAUAUUCCAAUGAACUACAUGCUGCUUACAAUGGGAUUUUAAUCAUUGUCGAAAUUUACCUUUUGGAUAUUUCAUCAAUAUAGACAAGAUGCUUUGAAAACCAGCAAUAUACUUUAGUCUGACUAGUCAUUUAUUCUCUCUUUUCUAAAAGCAUGCAUUCAAAGGCACAAUUCUAUACUGACUGGAAUAAAAUAAUUCAGAUUCCUGUGUUCUCUUAUUGAAAGACCCCAUGCUAAACUUUUGUCCAAACACUUUCUCAGUUGCUCCCAGGCAUUUUAUGUAGGUCUCACAUACAAUUCAAGUUUCUAUGAUGGCAGAAGAACAAGUUUGUGUCUUAAUUUUUAAUAAUGAAUUAUUUACCUCUUUUUUCCUCUUGAGGCUAAUCUGGCUUCAAGACAGGUUUAAAACUACUGUCCAGUGUGCAUAACAGUCUGCAACAUACUUCCAGUACUCUGAUAACUAUUUCUUUUCAUUAUAAGGUAAGAUUUGCUCUCUCAACAGUUGGCUUUCUGUUUGAUAGUCAUGUUGGUGGUGGAAUAACUUGGGGUCUGUAGAAAGGAAUAUCACAGAUAUCUUAUACCCAGAUUCUAACAUUAAUAGAAUGAUAUACAAAAAAGUGUAGUGUUCCUCUGUUUAACCUGCCUGUUUCAUAUUUAUGUUCUUCAAUAACAGACACGCAAAAUACCAGUUCUCAGAGGCAGGGUUACAAGAUAACAUUGCUAUCACAACUGGCCGAGCUUCAGUGUUCAGCUAAAGGGAAAGAAUCCAGGAGACUAGGGGUCCUUGCUAUGUUUGACUGAAUUACCGUGAAAGAGUAUGAUGGGAUUUCAGAUUUCUACCUUGCAAAUUAGAAUGUGAGUCAGUGUAAAAGUAUGUCUGAAUUUUUUCUAUUUUUAGGAAUGGAUAGUAUUUCUUUUUGUAGCAGAUGAAGGCACAGAAGGAUAUCUUAACCUGUGAAAUAGAUUUUUUUUCUAUUCCUGASAUUCCAGCUUUUGAGCUUUUUGCAAGAAUUUCAACUUUGAAAUUACCUGUGAGAGGCAGGAGUUUUUUAGGCUGCAAUGUACUCUUUUUCCUCUCAAGAGAAUUUCCAUCUGUGAAACUAAGGUGACCAGCUAAAUUAAAUUACAAAUAAGCUGCUUAAAAGAGUAUGUUAUGCAUAUAUUUGUGGGAUCAGCCCUCUUAUUUCUGCAUUUAUGGUGAAAGUAUGAGAUACAAGAAUUGAAGCAGUGGUGCUCUAGGACAGGCUUGCUCUCAUAYGUGCACCUCUACAAAAUCCCUACUCCUGAAAAGCAGGUUAUUUAAUGUUSAUCUUCAUAGUUGAGAAUUAUCUCAGCUAUGAUGUUUCAAAUAUAGGCCAGGGAUAAAUGUUUAUGUUUUCAGUCACAGAACUAUUGCCUAGGAUGAAUUUUUAUGUGUUCCAACAAAUGUUAUAAAUAUGACAAAAUGAAUCCUUGAACAGGAAACAAAAAUAGUUUAUUUUCAUCCAUUGCUUAUUUAUCAGUGUGGGAGUUGCAAUGUUAUUUUGUACAGUGCCUUUUUCCUGCCUCUUCAAUCAAAGGGCCACCUGUUCCUGCCUUAGUGGAUCAUCAUAAGAGACAAACUGCUUGUUUUUGUAUUGUCAAGGACAGGUAGUUUUAAAGGAUUAUUUUAUGUGCAAACUACAUUCUAUGUUCUUAAAACAGAUUUCCUAAAAAUACUUUGUAUAGUUUCUAAUUUGUACUUUUGAGACCUUGGGUAUUGACUUCAUAUUACAGGGGAUUCUUCUCAGGAAUAGAAGCAUGUCUUACAUGUGUUACACAUUUACAUAUAAGCAUAUAAUAGUAUUUAGGUUUUAUACUUUUAGUAUGGGGUUAUUAUGUUGGUGUUUGGUCUGUGGAAGGUACAAUAAYAUAUGCAAAUGAAAUAGUGCAAGAUUUUGUUCCUGAGGUA